GUCAUGUUCCCUUCAGGUCUGUUUGGAAGUGCUUUGGACAGUUAAAUGCUAGUUUUCGCACGUUUAACGUGCUGGUUUGAGAGACUGCGGUAAACCCGGAGCUCAUUGACAGCUAAGACGAAAACUUUAGUUUAUCUGAAUGUGUAUUGGAGCGUGUGACCGAGUAUGUAAUUGGUACGGGAAUUAUCCCAACAAGGGCUCGUGUAACAACAUCCAUCCAUCAGCCCGGGGGAGAUCCUCCGCAGAGGCAGCGGAGCAGCACAGCCUCUGCCUCGCUGUCCCAGCUAGCUGCGGUGUAAGGGAGCGGGCUUUACAGAGGGUCCUCGGUCCUCACAGUGUCCAGCUCGGCUGAGAUAGUAGCAGUUGACCACUAGACACCAGGCUCUCUUUAUUUCACAUGGGCGAAGACAAAGAGGGGUUCAGCGGCCAGACUCGCCACGGAGGAAACAAAGAACCGGGAGAGACCGGAGCCGGAGAGCCUUUGGACCCGGGCAGAGAGGGGAGGUAUGCGGAGCUGUUCAGCCAGCUGGACCUCAAUAAAGACGGCAGAGUGGACAUCAGUGAGCUGAAGACUGGACUGGCUGCUCGGGGGUUACAGCGGGGGGAGGCGGAGGAGAUAGUCCUGGAGAGCGACAACAACCGCGAUGGUUUACUGGACUUCCACGAGUUCUCCCAGUACCUGUGGGCUCACGAGAGGAGGCUGUGGCUCCUCUUCAACAGCCUGGACCGCAACAAGGAUGGUCGAAUCGAUGUGGGGGAGAUCCAGCACUCACUGCACAGGCUGGGUGUGGAGGUCAGCAUGGAGCAGGCCUCCAGGAUCCUGCAGAGUAUGGACAGGGACGGCACCAUGACUAUUAACUGGAAUGAAUGGCGAGAUCACUUCCUGUUCAACCCUUUCCACAACAUGGAGGAGAUUGUCCACUACUGGAAACACUCCCAUAUGUAUGACAUCGGGGAACAUCUGACAGUACCGGAUGAGUUCUCGGAGAAGGAGCGGCGGUCCGGUCUGGUGUGGAGGCAGCUGGUUGCCGGGGCGAUGGCGGGGGCGGUGUCCCGGACAGGAACCGCUCCUCUGGACCGCCUGAAGGUCUACCUGCAGGUGCACGGCUCUACGUCUCGAGGGGUUAACCUGUGGUCCGGCCUGAGGGGGAUGGUCCGAGAGGGGGGGGUCUCCUCACUGUGGAGGGGAAACGGCAUCAAUGUCCUCAAGAUCGCCCCGGAAUCUGCCAUUAAGUUCAUGGCCUAUGAACAGAUCAAGUGGAUGAUUCGAGGAAGGAAAGAGGGGGGGGGUUUGAGGGUUCAUGAGAGGUUCAUUGCUGGUUCUCUGGCAGGAGCCACCGCCCAGACCAUCAUCUACCCGCUGGAGGUUCUGAAGACGCGUCUGACUUUGAGGAAGACGGGACAGUACUCGGGGAUGGCUGACUGUGCCAGACAGAUCCUGACAAAGGAGGGGGUCCGGGCGUUCUACAGGGGCUACCUGCCAAACACACUGGGCAUCAUCCCCUACGCUGGCAUCGACCUGGCAGUGUAUGAGACUCUGAAGAACGCCUGGCUGCAGAGGAACGCUGCAGACUCAGCAGAUCCAGGAGUGUUGGUUCUGCUGGGCUGUGGAACCAUCUCCAGCACCUGCGGCCAGCUGGCCUCCUACCCCCUGGCUCUGAUCCGCACACGCAUGCAGGCCCAGGCCGCACAUGAGGGCAAACCCAAGCUGACCAUGGUGGGCCAGUUUAAACACAUCAUAUCCCAUGAAGGAGUACCAGGACUGUAUCGAGGACUCACCCCCAACUUCCUCAAAGUCAUUCCAGCUGUCAGCAUCUCCUACGUGGUGUACGAGCACAUGAAGAAAGUUCUCGGGGUGGCUUACUAGACGGAGAAAAAAAUAAUAGACAUUUUAAUAAAUUGUUGGUCCAAAGACACUAAGUAAUACGGUACAGGAGCUAGUUUUACUGAUAUCGGGUCCCUUAUAUGUUAUAUAUUAUUAUUAUUAAUGUUAACGAUGCCAUGAUCUUAGGGCAGGAAUACCGUGAACAUAGUUAACGUGACAGAGGAAUAAAUACACACAUACACCAUCAGCUUUGCUUCAACCGGAAGUGACACGUUUUAUUGCGCAUGUCCCUUUUAUCACGGGAAUACAGGAAGUGAUUAGUAUAAGAGUAUUAAAUAAACAAAUUCAUAUAUUACAAUUCAUAAUUCAACACCCCCACUUACUCUUAUACUGCACAAUUUCUCAACAUGAAUUCAAAUGUAAACACCUUAUACACCUGCACAAUAACACAGUGUUUGAAACUUCUGGGGUUAUUUACAUUCCAAACAAAUACUUUACAAAUGUCUCACUUUUGACCUUUGUUGCAGGCUUAGUGAAAAUAUCAGCAACCAUAUCCGCUGUAGGGCAAUAGUCAAUGGUUAUCAUGUUAUCACUCAGUACAGUUGGAACAAAAUGAUACUUGAUAUCCACAUGUUUACAUCGUUGACGACAUACUGGGUUCUUGGAUAGAGCGCACCCUGGUUAUCUUCAAAGAUGUUCACAGGAGUAUAUUGACCCUCAUUAUCCAUGCUCUCUAUUAGCUGCACAAGAUACAAACUCUCUUGUGCGGUGGCAGCCAGUGCCAUGUACUCUGCCUCACAUGUCGACAAAGCUACUGUUUGCUGUUUCUUUGAUCUCCAAGAAAUAACAGGCCCAUUGCUAGUUAGACUAAAACAGUACCCUGUUAUACUCCGUCUGUCAUUUUGGUCUGUUGCCCAAUCUGCAUCACAGUAUGCAACAAGUUUCAGUUUUUCAUCUUGUUGUUUAAAACAUAGCUCCUGAUUAAUUGUGCCCUUUAAGUACCUCAAUACAUGUUUAGCAGUUAACCAGUGUUGUUCUUUUGGCUCUGAAAAAUACUGUGACAGUUUACUGACUAUCCAACUUAGAUCAGGCCGUGUAGAUGUCAUUAAAUAUAUUAAGCU